GGCUGUCCAACUAUUGUAAGCCGAUCACAAUGGAGAGGUAGGAACCCUACGUGCAGGUCUAGACUUUCCACUCCAGUACCGAACGUUAUCAUCCACCAUACUGAAGGCGCUUUCUGUAACUCACAAGCUACGUGCAGCGCUCAAGUCAGGAACAUACAGAAUUAUCACAUGAACAGCCAGAAAUGGUGUGACAUCGGAUACAACUUCCUCAUUGGAGAGGAUGGGACCAUAUAUGAAGGUCGAGGUUGGUCAACUGUCGGAGCUCAUGCGAAAAAUUUUAACAGUUACAACAUUGGUAUCUGCUUUAUCGGAACUUUUACAAAUCGUGCCCCGAACAGAGCAGCCCUGACUGCUGCCAAAAAUCUUCUCAGUUGUGGGGUGGCCAGAAACUCCAUCACAAGAAAUUAUAGACUGCGGGGUCACCGAAACGUCAAUCCAACCUCCUGUCCCGGAAAUGGCCUCUACAAUGUCAUUAAAGGGUGGCCUCACUUUAAAGCCUGA